UGCUCCGUCCUUUCACAGGAGGUUAUAUCUUCAAGUCUUUGGAAAGACAAGAGGUUGAAAAAGAAAGAAAGAAAAGGAAAACUAAUGGAGACUUUAACUAUGCGUUAAAUUUGCGCCUCGCUUUUAUGGGAGACGUCUUUACACCCACGAGCUCUAAAUCUGGAAGGUGUUGCAGCGGCCACAAUGUCUCACGCACAGGUUGAGAUCCCAGGACGCGGCUUUCCAGGCCUCUCCGUGGACAUGACGGACGACUGCUUGUCCCGCAACGUGCUCAGGACGCACGGCUUGAACGCGCGGAGGAACUCUUACUGCCUGCAGAAAAUCACCAUGGACAUUGAUUCUCCCCUAUACAGCAGCGCCCUCUCCAAAGCACUGUCCUGGUCGGCUGAGAAUAUCCUGUCGCUCGCAGAGUCCAGAGUAGAGGAGGAAAAAGCGGACGAGUCCCCGCAGCAGCUGUGUCCCGUCUCCAGCCAGGACGCCAGCACCGAAGCGCCCUCAGGCAGCCAGGAGCCCGACGCGGUGGGAGGAAACUGGCCCUCGGAACGCAGAUCCCAAGCUCACGAUGCCAGCUCGGACUCUGACAACGAGCUUCAGAACAGACAAAACAAGGUCCUGUCCCGCAUCACCUUUGACACCCAGUGGGAGCAGGAGGAGAAGGAGGACGUGGAGACCAAAGCGGUGGCAACCUCACCCGAUGGAAGAUAUCUGAAAUUCAACAUAGAGAUCGGAAGGGGUUCCUUCAAGACUGUGUAUAAAGGCUUGGACACGGAGACAACGGUGGAGGUGGCAUGGUGUGAGCUACAGACGCGUAAGUUGACCAAAGCGGAGCGGCAGCGUUUCAGCGAGGAAGUGGAGAUGCUGAAAGGGCUGCAGCACCCAAACAUCGUACGUUUCCAUGACUCCUGGAAGUCAACGGUGAAGGGCCACAAGUGCAUCAUCCUCGUGACUGAACUCAUGACCUCAGGCACGCUCAAGACGUAUUUGAAGAGGUUCAAGGAGAUGAAGCUAAAGCUGCUGCAACGCUGGAGUCGCCAGAUCCUCAAGGGGCUUCACUUCCUUCACACACGCACUCCCCCCAUCAUCCACCGGGACCUCAAGUGUGACAACAUCUUCAUCACCGGCCCCACUGGCUCUGUUAAGAUCGGAGAUCUGGGGCUCGCCACUCUCAAAAGUGCCUCAUUUGCUAAAAGUGUCAUUGGAACUCCGGAGUUCAUGGCCCCAGAGAUGUAUGAGGAAAAGUACGACGAAGCAGUGGACGUCUACGCCUUGGGAAUGUGCAUCCUGGAGAUGGCCACGUCCGAGUACCCGUACUAUGAGUGCCAAAAUGCUGCACAGAUCUACCGCAAAGUCACCAGUGGCAUCAAACCUGACAGUUUCUACAAAGUCAAAGUCCCAGAACUCAAGGAGAUUAUUGAGGGCUGCAUUCGCAUGAUCAAAGAUGAAAGGUAUACCAUUCAGGACCUUCUGGACCACCCCUUCUUCCAGGAGAACAACGGCGUUCACGUAGAACUGGCGGAGGAGGACGACAUGGUGAAGUCUGGCCUGAAGCUGUGGCUGCGCAUCGACGAUAUUAAGAAGCUUCACGGGAAGUACAAGGACAACAACGCCAUCGAGUUCCUCUUCGAGCUCUACAAGGAUGUGCCCGAGGAGGUGGCUCAGGAAAUGGUUGUUCUCGGCUUUGUGUGCGAGGCAGACUUUAAAAUCGUAGCCAAGGCCAUACGGGACCGAGUGACUGCCAUCAAGAGGCAGAGGGAGAAGCUGAGGCGGCAGGCGGAGGAGCGUAAAAAAAAGGAGGCACAGGAAGUAAUAGAGGAAGAACCAGAGCCUCAGCCACCUUCACCUAAGGUCACUGAUAUUGUUGCAGCAGAGUCCCCCACCCCAGCCCUGUCACCUUUGGCCGCUGUUUCAUCCCCCAUCACCAGCUCUGCAGACUCUGGUGUCAGCUCCAGCUACCCUACAGAGCCAGAGGAGCCCGAGGCAGAUCAGCACUUCCGUGUCCGCAACAACAGCCUGUCUUCUGCUAACUCUGACUGUGAAACGGACGGCGACCUGAGUUCCUCUGGCCUUCAGGAUCCGCUGGAGGCCGGCGGCUUCAACGGGCCUGCGACCCCUCCGACUCCCUCGACUCCUCUGACCACACACUCCAACACCCCCGCUGUAAACGGCCUCGCCAUUCCAGCACUUCGCUUCCCCUCGAGUAUUGCAGUCUGCAGCAACACAGAACAAGGCAGCUCAGGUCCUCCAAGUGGGUUCAACUCUCCUGUGGACAGCUACGCUUCGGAUGUGACAUCGGGCUUGAGCGAUGGUUACGAAGGCCUAUCUGAGAAGAGCGAGAAAACAGCUGCAAGGCGAACGGCUGCGAAGCUGUUCAGGCGAAGGGCGCGCUCGCGGCUUCGCAUCACAGGGCUUUCUGAUAAAGUGGACCGGGUAGUCGAGUGUCAGCUUCAGACACACAAUGACAAGAUGGUGACCUUCAAGUUUGAUUUGGAUGGAGAUAACCCAGAAGACAUCGCUGCUGUCAUGAUUCGAAGUGAAUUCAUCCUGCCGUCUGAGAAGGAGGGCUUUAUCCACCGAAUGGGGGACAUCAUCAAACGGGCCGAGGCUCUGAUGUCCAAAGACCCGUCGGUUCACAACAGCGGACAUCGCCUCGCCCAGCUGGCUUCCAGUGGUGUGGCUAACUCAUUGUCUUCUUCACAGCCUAAUCUGCACAGUCACUUUAUGCCUCGAACACACUCAUCUUCUUCUCUCCCCGGAUCUCCUCUUCAUUAUCAUCAGCAUCAACGACCUUCAUCUCUCCUGUCCCACCAGCAGCACUACCAUUUACCCUACAUGGGCCAAACUCAUUUUCCAUUCCCACAUCCAGGAUCUCCAGGUUCUCCAAAGCCAGCAGGGCUGCAUCCUCCCCUUACUCGGGUAGCCAGUUACCCUACUUUUCCCUCUGUUCCCUCACCAACACCCAGCUCACCCAGUCCAGUGAAUGAGACCCCAAGUGCCACAGUGGAAAGUGUCACCAUGUCCCCACCUGCACCACAGCCUCCCAACAUGUGGCCCGCCCACUCUCAGCCGUUAUUCUCUUUAGCUAAUGUCAUCUCCAUGGCCAUGAGUAUGGCUCAGUCAUUCAUCCCCCCUCCAAACCUGCCCACUCAGGUGAUGCCCUCGUAUCCGGGCUUCCACCCCCACCUGCAAAGUCCCAUCGCUCCUCCGUCAGGUUACCCAUCCGUCUACCCUCACCAUUACCAGACUCCACCACCGGUGGGCAUCCCAGCUCUGAACAUCUAUCACAGUCCAGAGCAUGCGCAUCAGAUGGAUGGACUCGGGUUUUACCAGAACAAUCAUCCACAGUGGCAGCAUCCUGUGUCUCCACCUUCUAUGCCGUCCACUCCUCCGCUGGCCACCCUGGAGCCUCAGCAACAGGUCCGACUAAACAGUUCACCCAUUCCACAAAAGCAGGAUAGCAAUAUGGCCCCAUACUUAGCCCAGAUUUCACCACAGCUUCAAACUGGAACAGAAGUAUCCAUGUCACAGUCUUUAUCAGAGGCUUCCCCAUCUCCACCAGUGAGCCCAGAGAACACUGUUUCCUCCUUCAGCAAUCAGUUGCACUCAGUAGGAUCUGCAGCCAGGACCAGCAGCCCAAACCUGAAAACUUCUUCCACUGAAUGUGAAGUGAAGUCAGCACCUGUGACGGUUGGGAGAUUCCAGGUGACGCCCAGUGUUGACAUUUUGGACCCGCCUGUCCCAGUGGUCGCUGCACCACAGCCAGCCAACAACAACAGGACCUCGUCAGAGAGCAGCACAGAGGAGGUGGGGGGUUCUGAAACCAGCCUCAACACCUCCCUCACCAUGUCCCCUCCUCAGCCUCUUCCCCACAGAGGACCCACGGGGGUCCCCCAGAAGGUGGACAGGCCGGCGGGGUGGGCUGUGAGCCAGCAGCAACGUCAGCAUCAUAAAAGAGACGAUGAAGAAGAUGAGGAAGAGAGUGAGAUUUUAGGGGAGCGAUCGAGGGUGAGGAAGAGGGGUCGGAGGAGGACUUGCAGUCUCAGUCUGAUGGGGACCUCUGCGGACAGCGGCCUCUCUGUGACGGCCGCUGAGAUGGAGGGGAGGCUGUGGGAUGGAGCAACGGGGAGCCCCCAGUACAGCAACGCCCUUCACAACCUGUGGUUGACGACUUAUAACCGCAGCGCCCCCUAUCUGAGCAGUGACGACUCGGACAGCGAGGACGAGGAGAUGAUGGAGGAACUUCAGGAACUCAGAGAAAAACACCUAUCAGAGGUUCAGGCUUUGGAGGCCGAACAGAAGAGAGAGAUCGAGGAACUGUAUGCGAGGAUGGGGAAGGUUCCUCCGCCGGGCAUCGUCUCUCCUGCAGCCAUGCUGUGCAGCCGGCAGCGCCGCCUUUCCAAAGGGAAUGGCUUUCCCUCAUCGCGCAGGAACAGUCUGCAGCGUGUGGACAUACUGCCUCUCCAAGGCAUCAUCAGGAGAAACUCUCUCGGAGGCAGCAGCAGCAGCGGCUCGCAGGAUAAACCCAGUAAAGGCGUCACUUUUGCUACCGACAUCAGUAGAAUGUAAGAACCUGGGCCAAGAACUCUAAAUAUCCGGACUACCUCAUCUGAAGUGUGACCGCAAGAGGUCAAAAUCCUUCAACCCUUUCACUGGUGCACCAUCCAACAAUCUGCGCUUCUCUGUCAGUGAUCAUGUGGCUCCGCCAGCUGCUCAUUUACCUCACUUGUACAGAAGCCGUUACUGACCAGGCUGGAGACAAUACAGGACAAUCCAGUUCUCAGUGUUGACUAGUCUGGUUCACUCCUACAGUACAAAGGUAAAUCUGCCAUAGCUCUCUGCUGAUUAUUCUCCCUGAUAACAAUGCAAUGACGCAGUCAAGCGAUGGUACCAUGUGCUGCAGAAGCGUGGGGUCUACCAUGAAGCUGACCCAGAAUGAAAUUGAUGUUUUCCUGCUUGUCUGACUUGAUGUUGUUCAGAUUAACAGUAACAGGAGCCACUGUGAGGCUGACACACUUGCUGUACUUUAUAAUGAACUCACAUCCUCUGCUGAAUGAACAGUGAAUAUAUUCUCAUUCAGAAGAGCGGCAGUUACUUCCUUCCUUGAACUAAUGCAAAGAAUCUACCUGCAUCAUAUUCUGAUUUAUUCAAAUAGGUACUGUUAAGACAACUAAUUUAAUAUCUGCAUUCUGGGGGGACGAAAAUGUGACAUUUAAUGUUUCUGUUGUGCAAGAUUUUUCUCAUUAAGGUACUAUCAAGUGAGAAAGUUGGUGCAGAAAGCACAUUAUGUUAGGGAUUCUCUAGCUGGGUUAAAUUGUUUCAAAACUACUGGCUUUCCUGUUGACUGUACAUUUGUAUAUAGCUGAGUGCAUUUAAUAUAGAUCAUGUUUACAGUUUCAAAAGUAAACAAAAAUAUUUCUGGUACCAUAUAAAAAUAUAAUUGUACUCAAAUUAUUUUAGUAAUUCAGCUCAAAAUGCUCAACUCUUUUUAGACUCAUUACACACAGAGUGAAUGUAGCUAAUGAAACCCCAAAAUUCAGGUUUUCUUAAAGUUUUAAUGAAAAAAAUUAAUUAAAAAUUCGAAAAUUGAAAUCUCCAUUUGCUAAGGUUUAUAUGUGCAAAGGCUGGUUUUGCAUAAAUUAUUGAAUCGGCAUUGCUUCACAUUCGUUUCUUCCACAAAGGUUUCAUUUUGCAUAAAUAUGUCUGGAUACAGCAGUAUGACCAGAAGCUUUUUUAGCUAUUGACCAUUUCUGGCAUACCUACAUUGUAAUGGGCUCUGACUGUCUGCAGGACAACGGUCAAAUUGUCGUCUUAUGCUUCAUUAUGCAAAAUCUUCAUAGCAAAAUCUUCCACAAAAAAAAAAA